AUGGAAGAAAAUUACAUCGAUUCCCUGGACCCUGAAAAGCUAUUACCAUGUCCCUAUGAUAGAAACCACCAGAUCAGAGCCUGCAGGUUUCCUUAUCAUCUUAUCAAGUGCAAAAAGAAUCAUCCUGAUGUCGCAAACAAAUUGGCUACUUGUCCCUUCAAUGCUCGCCAUCAGGUUCCUCGGACCGAAAUCAGUCAUCAUAUUUCAAGCUGUGAUGACAAGAGUUGUAUAGAGCAAGACAUUGUCAACCAAACCCGGAACCUUGGACAAGAGACUCUGGUUGAGAGCACAUGGCAGUGCCCUCCUUGUGAUGAAGACUGGGACAAAGAUUUGUGGGAACAGACCAGCACCCCAUUUGUCUGGGGCACAGCCAACUACUGUGGCAAGAACAGCCCUGCAAGCAACAUAGUUAUGGAACAUAAGAGUAACCUGGCUUCAGGCAUGCGCGUUCCCAAGUCUCUGCCGUAUGUUCUGCCAUGGAAAAACAAUGGAAAUGCACAGUAA